AUGCAGAUCCAGCCAUCAGAUACCUCCCUCCUCGUGACCGAGCCGUACUUCAACCUGCCCAACAUCCAGGAGACGUACGACCAAAUGGUCUUCGAGGAGUGGGAGUUUGACAGCUACUACCGGUGUACUCGCAUGUUCAGCAAUGAGACCGACAUUCCCCCCGAGUGCAUGAUCGUCAUUGAUGCGGGGUACUCCUUUACGCACGUCGUGCCGAUCCAGGGCGGCGAGGUUAAUCGACGUCGGCGGCAAGCUCCUGACCAACCACCUGAAGCACCUCAUCUCAUUCCGGCAGUGGAACAUGUCGGACCAGACGCACGUCGUGAACACGGUGCGAGAGGCGUGCGGAUACGUCUCGAUGGACUGGCGCAGCGACCUCGAGAAGUGCAAGAGUACGUGCUGCCAAACUUCUCGUCCAAGCCGUACGCUCGCACGGGAUACAUCCGAUCUGGACCGAACGCGCUCUCAGCAGAAGAGCUCGAGGAAGCGGAACUGUCGGAGAAGCCCGAGUCCAAGACGAAGAGGAAGGUUCCGGGCGACGACGACGAGGAACAGGUCCUGUUCAUGGGCAACGAGCGCUUCGCGGGACCAGAGCUGCUCUUCCACCCGGAUCAUAUCGGCAUUCAGCAGAUGGGUCUGCCGGAGACGGUGGCUUAUGUCAUCUCGUGCAUGCCAGAGGAGCUGCAGGGGAUGUACUGGGCGCACAUCGGUGUUGUUGGCGGUCUCGGCAACAUCGAUGCCUUGGGAGAACGUCUGGAGCGCGACCUGCGUGCGCUGUGCCCGGUGGACUAUGAUAUCGGCAUCUACGAGGUGUUUGAACCCGUUUCUGCACCCUACCAGGCGGCCGUGUCGUUGGCGUCCAAUGACGUCUACCUAACCAACUACCCUGUGACCCGUGCCGAGUACCAGGAGCACGGAUCGACGAUCUGCCGUCGCAAGUUUGGUGGACCGGCGUACAACGUCAGCCCUCCUGGCUUCUCGCGCACCGACGAGGAGCCCGUCGACGAGCACGAGCAAGAGUUGCGAUACGCGCUUGGGCUGGACAGCAUCAAGGGGAGGGGCAAGCGCAAGGGGGAGGAGGAGGUCACGAGUGGAAACUGGGGUGGCCGGAGGAGGCGUGCGCAGGAGUCGGGGCUGGUGUCUGGUCGAUUAAGAUGA